AUGGCUCGUUUUUUCCUUAAGGCUCUAUUGUGUUCUUUUUCUGUCCUGCUGUUGCUCUCUGUUCUUGUUCAUUCAACAACAACAACAAAGCAUGAAUCAGUGCUGAAAAUGACGACUGGCGUUUCCUCUCCUACAUUUGAUCCCACCCGUGUUACUCAAAUUUCGUGGCGUCCCAGGGCCUUCAUUUAUAAAGGAUUUUUGAGUGAUGAAGAAUGUGAUCAUCUGAUUAACAAAGCUAAGGACAAGCUCAAGAAGUCGAUGGUGGCUGAUAAUGAAUCUGGUGAAAGUGUGCUCAGUGAAGUCCGGACAAGCUCCGGCAUGUUCUUCACCAAAGCCGAGGAUGAAGUAAUUGCUAAUAUAGAAGCCAGACUUGCUGCCUGGACUUUCUUACCAGAAGAAAACGGGGAAGCCAUCCAGGUUUUGCGAUAUGAAUUGGGUCAGAAGUAUGAACCCCACAUGGAUUAUUUUGUAGAUGAAGUCAAUCAACAACUUGGUGGCCACAGGGUAGCCACUGUUCUCAUGUACUUAUCUAACGUUGUCAAGGGUGGGGAAACUGUAUUCCCUGAUUCAGAGCUUAAAGAUGCUCAACCCAAGGAUGAAGAUGUGUCUGAUUGCGCAAGAGGAGGUUAUGCAGUGAAGCCUCUUAAAGGAGAUGCAUUGCUAUUCUUCGGUCUUCAUCCUGAUGCAACCGAAGAUCCAAUGAGCUUGCAUGGAAGCUGCCCAGUAAUAGAGGGUGAGAAAUGGUCUGCAACCAAAUGGAUACAUGUCAGAUCUUUCGAUGAUCCAAAGCGUGAUGAAUGUAUCGACCAUAAUUCCCAUUGCGGACAAUGGGCUGCUGUCGGAGAGUGCGAGAAGAACUCCAUUUAUAUGGUGGGAUCUGAUGAUAAACCCGGAUAUUGUAGAAAAAGCUGCAACCGUUGCUCUUGAAAAUAACAUUUCUUGCUAUAUAUAGAUAUAUAUAUAUAUGUACUCCAUCUUAUCAAUAUAAUAAAUAUAAUUUUAUCAUUGAUUUUGUUAAAUAUAGU